UAUGCGGGUGUUUGCAGGGCUGUGGGGCGGGUGGCUCUUCUGCCUCGCCUGGGUCGGCGUUUUCGGGCGCGCCCAGAGCAUCUUCGCCCAUCCUCGCCUCUACGCGGCCUCCCGUCCCGAUUCCUCCCGGCUCGUGGGGCUGCGCGCUUACCGCACUUGCUAUAUCGCCCAGAAGAUCGAUCACUUUGGUUUUGCUGAAGACCGCACGUUCAAGCAACGCUACCUCAUCGCAGACCAGCACUGGAAGAAAGACACGGGGACAAUCCUUUUUUACACUGGCAAUGAAGGGGACAUCGCCUGGUUUGCAAAUAAUACGGGUUUCAUGUGGAAUGUGGCCGAAGAAUUGGAUGCGAUCCUGGUUUUUGCCGAACACAGAUACUACGGGGAAUCCUUGCCGUUUGGAAAUAAGUCGUACACCGAUGCCAAGCAUUUGAAUUACCUGACUUCGCAGCAAGCUCUGGCUGAUUUUGCGGUACUUAUCCAACACUUGAAAAAUACGAUUCCUGGCACGCAGAAUACUCCAGUGAUAGCUAUAGGAGGGUCUUAUGGUGGAAUGCUUGCUGCCUGGUUCCGAAUGAAAUAUCCCCACGUAGUAAUUGGAGCUCUGGCUGCGUCAGCCCCUAUUUGGCAGUUCGACAGCUUGGUUCCCUGUGGUUCUUUUCAUAAGAUAGUGACCGAAGAUUUCAAAAAAAGUG